CGCAGGAACUCCGCGGUUCAACGGCGGAUUCACGCGCGUCGGACGACAGCACAGACUUUUCUCAGCCGGAGGAUGUCGACGAUAGAUUAGAGAGUUGAAAUAUAAUAGACCGGAUAUAAGACCGAGGCAAGAAUGGACGAGGCGGAGCACGCAGCUCUGAUCGAGUGGCACUGCCGGCAGCACUACUAUAACGGCAUGCUGGCUCACGCUAGGCAGGCGCGCGACGCCUAUCCGAACAGCGAGCGGCUGCGACUCCUGCUCUGUCUGGCGUACAUCCUCGUCGGCAAGAGCCACGAGGCCGUCAAGGAGAGCGCCAGCCUGCUGAACUAUGCGGAUGUCACGCUGCCGGCGCUGCUCGUGCAAAACGUCGCUCUGGCUGACGGCGACGUGGAGAGGAGCGCAGUCACGCAGAUUGAGAACAGGAUCCGGGACGAGCGCAGAAAGGCCUCCUGCGUCGCGUUGUGCCUGGCGGCGUCCGUCUUGCUCCUCUCCCGUCGGGCGGACAAGGCGAAGGAGUACGUGGACAGAGCGUGCAAAUUCAAGUCCACGAAUAUCAACGUGCUGCUCGUCAAGGGGUGGCUGGAGCUCGGCUUGAGAUCGGGCACGGACGCCUCGGAGGCGGGCAACGCCUUCGACUCGGUCCUGAAAGAGGAGCCGAGGAAUCUGAGCGCGUUACUAGGCUUCGCGGAGGCGAAGCAACGCGCCGGGGACUACUCGGGUGCCGUCAUGAUACUGAACUCUCUGAUCGUGCGCUAUCCCAAACUGACGCUUCCGCUGGUAGAGAAAAUGAGGUGCCUGCUGGCAGCGAAGGACUGGGAGCAGGUGCUGGAGAUGGUGAACCGAGUGCUCUCGAUCGAGUCGAACAACCUGGACGCGAUCAAGGCGAGCUCGGUGGUGGCUCUGUGCAGGGACGGCAAUCCCAGCGAGGGCUUGCCGCAGUUGCAGCUAUUUAUGCGCAACUUGCUGCUCGCCGAACCGAAGAACAUGUUCCUGCUGAUCGAGAAUUUGCGAUUGUUCUCCAGCGUCGCGCUCCAGGACCACGGGAUUCUGUUGGAGCUGGCGCGGUCGGCCGAGAAGAUGCUGCAGGCGACGGCGUCGAGCAGCGCGGAGCUGAUGACGGAACUGGGUGACUUGUAUGUCGCGCUGGGCAACGUCAAAGACGCCGAGCGCUGGUACAAGAACACCAUCCGCGCGGAUCCGUCCUCUUUCGCGGCGCUCUUGGGACUGGCACGCUGCCAGCUGUUGCAGGGGUCCACGGAGGAUCUGGACCAAGCGCGGCAGCAGGUGGAGAUCAUGAUGGAGAUACAGCCACACUCGACGAACGUGCAGCUACUGUUCGUGUCCGCAAAGAUCACUUCUAAGGAAAACAGCAUUAAGGCACUCGGUUACUUGGACGCGGCAGCGAAUGUCUUGUUGAAGAGCUGCGCGGGUCUUCCUUAUGGGUACGCGUACCUUAGCGAGCUUAAACCGGAUUUAUGCCUUGAAAUUGCGAAGCAACGUCUGAUGUAUUCCUUGAACAAGUCCCCGAUGAGCGACGAGCUGGGUAGCGCAACAGAGAAGGAACCGAGCGUCCGCUUGUUGGAACAGCUGGUGGAAGCCUGUCCGGGUUUCAGCGUAGCUCUAUUGCUGCUCAGUAAGGCCAGAAUGCAGAGCGGCGACUACGAGGGUGCGUUGGUCUUGCUCAGGAGAUUGUUGGACUCGGUGGAACCGUCCAACGCCCAGGCCCAUCUGACAAUGGCUCAGAUCCUGGCGUAUCAGGGCAAGUAUCAGCUGGCUUCGCAGAGCCUGGAGGUUGGCCUGAGCUAUAACUUUAAGAUCCGAGACGAGGCGAUCUAUCAUAUGAUCGUCGGUAUGGUACAACGAGAGGCUGGUGAUCUGCAGAACUGCGUUAAGAGCUGCCAGACAGCCAUGUCGCUGGCAGGAUUGACUGGCAGCGCCAGUAGGAAAUCCGACAUGUCCACAUCCGACCGAGCGACGUUGUAUUUAGAGCUGAUUGCGGCGUAUAGCAAGGCAAGACGGUUUGCUGAAGCACUGGCGCUUGUCGACGAGGCGAAAGCAAAUCUCGCCGGCACCGCUGAGCUUGGCAGAAUCACCAUUGGUACUGCUGAGAUCUACCUGGACAUAGGAGAACUGGAGAACGCUGUCAGCUGCUUGCAGAACAUCCGCCCGGGACAGCCGUAUUACUUACAGGCACACACUAGACUGGCUGAGAUCAAUUUGAACUAUAAGAAAGAUCGUCAGGCCUUCGCCAGGUGUUUCAAAGAAUUGGUGGAGCAUUGCCCCGGACCGAGGACGCACAGUAUGCUGGGUAACGCUUACAUGUCCAUACAGGAGCCCGAGAGAGCGAUAGAAGCGUACGAGCAGGCGCUUUCGCAAAAUCCGAUCAACAAGGUGGAUAUUGCAACCAAGAUGGGCAAAGCGCUCGUCAAGGCGCAUCAAUAUGCGAAAGCGAUCAGUUAUUACAAGGAUAUCGUGAAGCAGGACAAUUGCUCCGCUCUAAAGUUAGACCUAGCCAAAUUGUACAUGAAGAUGAAACAGUACGACAAGGCGGAAGCCACUUUGGUGCAAGAGCUGCAAGACAAGCGAGGUGAGUCCGACAUCCUGAGCUUGGAAAUGCGGGGGCAAGAGUUGCUGUUACUCGCCAAGGUGCGCGAAAAGUCGGGCAACAUCAGGGGCGCGUUGGCGACUUUGAAGGAGGCCAAGGAGAAUCAACACAGGUACAUCCAGCGUCUCGCCGUUUCGCCGGACGUCGCGGAUCAGAGACACAUGUUGGCAAACAUCUGCCUGACGAUGGCCGAUUACGCGUCGACCUUACGCAAUUAUGACGAAGCUAUUGUAUAUUAUAAGGAGGCACUGGCUCAUAAGCCAACCGAUGUGAAUGCCCUACUUUCCUUGGCGAAGCUGUACAUGCAGAUGAACAACUUGGACCGGUGCGCGCAGAAUUGUUCCAUUCUGCUGAACGCCGAUCCCAACAACGAGGCUGCGUCCGUGAUGAUGGCGGAUCUCGCGUUCCGGAAGGUAGACUUCGAGACCGCGGCAUUCCACUUUCGGCAGUUGCUGAUACGCCAACCCACGUAUUGGACUGCCCUGGCGAGACUGAUAGAAGUGUCGCGUAGAACAGGUGCUAUGGACGAUCUCGACGAGUGGUUGCAACGCGCGCAGGUCGAGACGGCUGGCGGCAACGUCGAGGCCGGCUUUUACUACUGCGCCGGAUUGCUGGACUGGCGGACGGGCAAAUUGAACUCCGCUCUUCGCAACUUCAACUUUGCACGCCGCGAUCCGGAAUGGGGCCAACAGGCGAUCUACAAUAUGAUCGAGAUCUGUCUGGAUCCGGACGACGACACCACUCUGUCGAACGAGGCCUUCAACGACGAGGACGCCGAAUAUCAGGAUUCAAGGACGAUGGCUCUGAGAACGGCUUACCGACUGCUUCAGGAGUUGAAUCCCAAGGGCAGCCCUCACGAGGAAUUGACCCAUAAGCUCCUCAGCAACUUCUUCUUAUUGGCCACCAAGCAGAAGUCUAACAUCGAGAAAGCCCUGCAAGACUGCACUGCGUUGGCUAGUCAGGAGACCCUGAGGGAUCAUGUAGGGCCCGCCCUCGGUAUGGCCACCGCGCACAUCUUGCUGAAGCAAACGCCGCGAGCCCGGAAUCACUUGAAGCGCGUUAGCAAGAACGUUUGGACGUUCGAGGACGCUGAAUACCUGGAGCGUUGCUGGCUGCUGCUGGCGGACAUCUAUGUGCAAUCCAGCAAGUAUGAGCUGGCAAAUGAGUUGCUGAAACGAGUGCUGCAGCACAACGCUACCUGCGUGCGGGCCCACGAGCUGUCGGGUUACAUCGCCGAGAAGGAUCAGAAUUAUCGCGACGCGGCGGUGAGAUACGCUCAGGCGUGGAAAUACGGCGGUAAAACAAAGCUGUCGGUCGGAUACAAGCUGGCCUACUGCUGCCUGAAGGCGAAAGCCUACGCUGACGCUAUCGAGGCGUGCAACGAGGUGCUGAAGCAAAGUUCGGAUUAUCCGAGGAUCAGGAAAGACAUCUUGGAGAAGUGCAUCAAUAAUCUUCGCACAUGAAUCAUCCCUCGUUCAACUUGUAUAUUGAUCGAUUGUUUACUUGUUAUACAUUGUAUACACAUCCGUCCUCUUUCAUUAUUAAUGAAGAUAUAUGUACCAGUUUAGAGCGAAUAAAUAUUUAGAUAACUGUUUAA